GCCCCUAGAGGAUCUUGCCUCACGAACUGCUGCAACACCCGCAGGACCUGGUCGUGGGGCUGUCAGUUCUUCCCUUUCCACCUUGCCACUCUUGGGCUGCCCCCGCCCCCUCCACCCCCCCGACCCAGGGAUCCGCAAGAGGGACCUGAGCCCGGCGCAAGAAUGGGGAACAGUGCCCUCCGCGCUCAUGUGGAAACGGCGCAGAAAACUGGUGUCUUUCAACUUAAAGACCGUGGGCUGACGGAGUUCCCCUCAGAGUUGCAGAAGCUGACGAGCAAUCUCAGGACCAUCGACUUGUCCAACAACAAGAUAGAGAGCCUGCCGCCGGCGAUUAUCGGGAAGUUCACUCUGCUGAAGAGCCUCUCUUUGAACAGCAACAAACUGAGUGCUCUUCCUGAAGAGUUAUGCAAUCUGAAAAAGCUGGAGAUGCUGAGCUUAAAUAACAAUCACUUGAGAGAACUACCAUCAACCUUUGGCCAACUUUCUGCCCUCAAGACCCUAAGCCUGUCUGGGAACCAACUGGGAGCCCUACCACCCCAACUUUGUAGUCUGCGGCACCUGGAUGUGGUGGAUCUCUCCAAGAACCAGAUUCGCAGCAUACCUGACACCAUUGGGGAUCUUCAGGUCAUUGAGCUCAACCUCAAUCAGAACCAGAUAUCUCAGAUCUCAAUAAAGAUAUCUCGCUGUCCUCGCCUUAAAGUUCUUCGCCUGGAAGAGAACUGCCUUGAGCUCAGCAUGCUUCCACAAAGCAUCCUCAGUGAUUCCCAGAUCUGUCUGCUUGCAGUGGAAGGCAACCUGUUUGAAAUAAAAGCACUUCGAGAACUGGAAGGUUAUGAUAAGUACAUGGAAAGGUUCACAGCCACCAAGAAGAAGUUUGCAUGAUGUUCUUCAGAAGCAUGGGAACCUUACAGGACAGUGACUUGGAACCUGUUACAAUCUGGCUGAGUCAGAGGCUCCUUUUCUCAAGGAUAUCUGCAGUAAGGAGAUGAAUGCCUAGGAGAUUCUAUUUCAUUCAGUCAUCUUUCUCCUUUCCAGGGCUUAUUUUCUGAUAAGCUAAAUGGAACCAAGAGACAGGAAGUGUCCUCCAUUUUAACUCAGAUAGGAUAAUGGACAAUGUUGAUCCUCAAAACCCAUCAUUAGUUUGACUUUAGAACAUCAAUAGCUAGUUGCUGAUUAUGCAGUGAAGGGAUGUUGCCCGUAACAAAAUAGCUCCACAACAGUGCUUGGAAUUUCAUGUAGUUCCAGUGUAAGUUUCAUAAAGUCAGAUGCCAUUUCCACCUGUGUUUAACAAUUCCUAUUUUUAUGAAGUUGAAAUAAUUUGUAAGAGACUGGAGUGGUGAAUCUAAGGAAUUAUAUUUUCUUGUUUGGGGGCCACAUCCAGCAGUGCUCAGGUGUUACUUCCUGUGUACUGCUUCUGGUGGUGCUUGGGGAGCCAUGCCAUGCCCAGACUUCCCGCAUGCAAGGUAUGCACUACCCCUCUGAACUGUCUCCUUGUCCAGGAUAUGUGCUGUUAUUCUAGUCUGUCACUUCAAUCAUAGUGUUUUUACUUGAAAUUUAGGAUGUACACAAAUCUAAAUGUUUGUCUUAAAGUGUACUUUGUCAGAGAAGCACCAACACAACACUAAGAAUAGUUUCCCAAGGCUACAGUAGCAAAAUCUUACCUACUGCAGGUGCCUUAUUGGUAGAGGGCUCCAAAGAGCUAAAAAAGCAUAUAUGCAAAACUUGUAAGAUACUAGGGUUUUUAAAUAAUCAAAAUUUUCAUGAUGCUUUGUUAGAAAUAAUGUUUUAUUUCUGGUAAUCCUUUUCCUUUUUGUAUUUAUAACUCUGCUAAUCAAAUAACUUAUAAAAACAAUAUUUUAAAUGCUCAUCAAGUUUAUUCUCUGAAUGAGAAUAUACUAAAUAAAGAAUUUCUAAUGAAUGCUGGAUAAAAAAAAAAAGGUUAAUUCUUUAAACAAAGACAGAACUUUUAACCAGUAAAUGGUUCUCUGAAAAUGGACUAGGAAGAAAUGUUUCAUGUUCUUAUUCAGGCUGCAUGAGUACUGAAAUGCCUUGAUGUUACUAAGAAGUUUGUAAUGUUGAAACCAUGUUUAUUGUAAGAAACAGAAGGUACAAAGGAAGACAAUUUUAGAUUAUAACUGAUAAGCCAUCUAUUUUCUGAAGUUUUAUCUUAUCCAAGGAGCUAUUUACCAUAUAUACUGACAAUUCUCAUUUCACAAACCAAUUUAACCAUGGAGAUUAUCUGAUGUUUAAUCCUAAUGAGAAAGUCUGACCGUAAAUCUGGUGUAAAUAUUUUCUUUAUCCUGUAUUUUGUGGGAUGCCCUUCUCCAACCCCAUUAUUCUAAACUUAACCCAGGACCUCAUACAUGCUAGGAAGAUAUUGAGUUAUGCUGCGUUAUGCCGGAGAGAGGGAGUGAGAGCUGAAGACGGGGUAGGGAGGACUGAAUGAAACAUACAGCGACUUUAUUCCAAAGCUCAUUUUCUUUUAUAGUAUGCAGUGAACACUCUGUGGGAAAGCCAAGGGUUACAAGUUGAGCAAGCCAAGGGUUACAAGUUGAGUGAGCUAAGUUAUCUGUUACUCUGUUUUGCAGCUGCAUAAGCAGGCAGUUCCUUGAACUCUCAGGAAUGAGAAUAUGGCUCCUGACCGGGCCAAUACAGAUCAGGUGCAGCCGCCAGGGCAUGCCGCUCUCACACGCCCAGUUUUUCCCGUUUCCUGGUUCCUUCUUAGGGAAAAGAAGCAGGGGCUACGAAGGCCAGUCCCCAACAGUUAUACCCUACACUUCCCCCCCCCACACCUUUUUGGUUGGCUCUCUUACAUCCUGCCCCCUCCCCUUUUUGGUGGUCCCUCCUUAUUUUCCAGUUACACUGUCAAUCACAGGCAAGAUUGCCAGGCUCAAACAGCAGAGCUGGCAGGAUUGUGCUGAUAUAUAUGGAACCAGUGAUUUGAACCCACGGCCACAUACUUGCCAAGUUGUAAUGGUGAUGCUAAGUUACUGAGCUGUGAAUUUUUUUCUUGGUGGGGGAAAGAGGGUUUGGGCCACUCCUGGCAAGUGGUCAGGGCUUACUCCUGCACUCAGGAAUCACUCCUGGUGGUGCUCGGGGAACCAUAAGAUGCUGGGGAUUGAACCCAGGGUGGCUCUGUGCAAGGCAAGUGCCCUGCCCACUGUACUAUCUCUCCAGCCCUGCUGUGCCAUUUCUUAUUAGCCAGUCACCCUUAUGUCUAAAUCCCUUCCUAAGUGAGAAUGAACUAACCACUACUGUUUGCUACAACUGCAUCUCAUUAUAUUCAGCUCUCUUGCUAAAAAUGAGCUACUUAAAAGCCAAGGACCUUUUAAAGUAUAUGCACAAAGUUACUGUGUAGGAGAAUUUAAGUGAGCUGACAAGUAGAUUGAUUUCUGAUCCAGAGCUACAGACUAUAGUUUGGCCAUCAAUCCUAAGCUACCUAUAUUCUUUUAUUUAUAACUUUUUAAUUGAAUAACUGAGAUAGAGCAUUACAAAGUUGUUCAUGAGAUCAUUUCAAUGUUCCAACACUCAUCCCUCCACCAGUGUAAUUUUGCAGCACCAGUGUUCCCAGUUUCCCUCCCACCCUUCAAGCCACUCCCCACCCCAGCCUGCCUCUAUGGCAGGCACCCCCUUUCUCUUAUUCUUUCUCUCAUUUGAGGCAUUAUGGUUUGUGAUACAGAUGCUGAAAGAUUACCUUUUACCUGCUUUCAAGACUUAGUUCUUGUCCAGAGUGAUCAUUUCCAACUAGUGCUAAGAAUGGGUCCUCCUCUAUUGUAACUACCAUUCAUAUCCCACACCAUUGACCAAUCCUCUUGGCCCGUUUUCCCUGACAUUGGAUAUUAGUGUCAUACUGUUUUUGUUUUUUAAUUUAUUUUUAUUGAAUCCCCUGUAUUCUUUUAGAACGUGUUUGGCAAUCUGGGACUAGACUGAUAGUACAGUAGAUAUAGGCUAUUUCCUCCCAAGUGGCUGUCCCAGGUUCAAUCCCCCACAUCCAUAUGAUCCUGCAAGCAAUUAUUUUUUUUCCAGGAAUAAUUAGUAAUUCCUGAGCGCAGAACUAGGAGUAACCUCUGAGCAUCACCAGGUGUAACUAAAAUACAAACAAAAAAAGUUUGUUUGGGAAAGUUUAUAUUUUACAUUUAAAAUAAAAUCAUGGGCCGGAGCGAUAGCACAGCGGGUAGGGCGUUUGCCUUGCACGGGCCGACCCGGGUUCAAUCCCCGGCAUCCCAUAUGGUCCCCCAAGCACUGCCAGAAGUAAUUCCUGAGUGCAAAGCCAGGAGUAACCCCUGAGCAUCGCUGGGUGUGACCCAAAAAGCAAAAAAAUAAAAUAAAAUAAAAUCAUGUGGUUUGAAUCCAAAGUCCAUCAUUUAUUAGUGACAGACUAAGCACUCAAAUGUGCCAUUUAUUUCAUUGGUAAGGCAUCAGAAUAGAAUUUUAUAAGUUGUACAGUAAUGGAAGGUUUGGGAAACUACAUUUGCAAAGAUGAAAAAUAAGUGAUUAGAGACUUGCACACCAACUUGCAUACCAACCUGACAAACAUGAUAUAAAAUGUAAAUGGAUCUAAGUGUACAUAAGUCUUUGCAAAAACUAGAAUUUUAGUAAGAAAGUGACUUAAAGAAAUUAAUUCUAAAUGCCAUUCAGUAUAGGAUGUCAGAGAAGUAUAAGGGGGUGAUUCAUAAUUCACAGAUGAGAAGUAAAGACAGUGUUGAAGUAUGCUAAAAAAAACAAAGAAAUUAAAACUGAAGAAAAAAUAUGCACAAGAAUGAAUGUUACAUAACUAGUAAAUGACUGAAUCAAAAUUUGAACCCAUGGGGGCUGGAGCAAUAGCACAGUAUGUAGGGCAUUUGCCUUGCACACGGCCAACCCAGGUUCGAUUCCCAGCAUCCCAUAUGGUCCCCUGAGCACUGCCAGGGGUGAUUCCUGAGUGCAAAGCCAGAAGUAACCCCUGUGCAUCGCCAGGUGUGACACAAAGCAAAAAAAAAAAAAUUUUUUUUUUGAACCCCGGAGGUCAGAAUCCAAAGCUAUGUUAAGUACUUAAGUGACUACCUUUCAAAAAAAUUGAAACAAGUUUUUAAUGUUCCAGGGGGAAAUGAGAAAAAGCUAUACUCAACAGGUUUUAUUUCGAGCACAUUAUGGGCCUAAUGUGGCUUCAUCCCUGUUCUUUUUUUUUAUUUAAUUUUUU